GUGCGAAGCGCGCGGGGAGCAUGGAGAGCGAGCGCGACAUGUACCGCCAGUUCCAGGACUGGUGCCUCCGGACUUACGGGGACUCGGGCAAGACCAAGACGGUGACCCGUAAGAAAUACGAGCGGAUCGUGCAGCUCCUCCACGGCUCCGAGUCCAGCUCCACGGACAACGCGAAAUUUAAAUUCUGGGUGAAGUCCAAGGGCUUCCAGCUGGGCCAGCCCGAGGAGGCGCGCGCCGGCGGCGGCGCCAAGCCAGUGCUCUACUUGCCGAUCAAGACCACGGAUGGCGUAGGGGUGGACGAGAAGCUGUCCCUGCGGCGGGUGGCCGUGGUCGAAGAUUUCUUCGACAUCAUCUACUCCAUGCACGUGGAGACAGGGCCAAAUGGAGAGCAAAUUCGGAAGCACGCUGGGCAGAAGAGAACGUACAAAGCGAUUUCAGAGAGCUAUGCCUUCCUACCCAGAGAGGCGGUGACGCGGUUCCUCAUGAGCUGCUCCGAGUGCCAGAAAAGAAUGCACUUAAACCCCGACGGAACCGAUCACAAAGAUAAUGGGAAGCCUCCCACUUUGGUGACCAGCAUGAUUGACUACAACAUGCCGAUCACCAUGGCCUACAUGAAGCACAUGAAACUGCAGCUGCUCAGCUCACAGCAAGACGAGGAUGAGAGCUCAAUAGAAAGUGACGAAUUCGAUAUGAGCGAUUCCACGCGGAUGUCGGCUGUGAACUCCGAUCUCAGCUCCAAUCUUGAGGAAAGAGUGCAGAGUCCCCAGGCUCUUCAAGGCCAGCAGGAUGAUGAUUCCGCUGCAGAGAGCUUUAAUGGCAAUGAGACUGUGGGGCAAAGUUCAGCUGCUUCAGGGGGAACGCACAGCAGGGAGAUGGGCGACUCCAAUGAGGAUGGCAAAACUGGGCUGGAGCAGGACCAGCAGCCACUGAACCUGAGCGACAGCCCCCUCUCAGCACAGCUCACUUCGGAAUACAGACUAGACGACCCCAGCAGUGAUGGGAAAAACAAGUACAAGCCUCUGCUAAUUUCUGACCUCAAGAUGGAACAGGAGGCGAGAGAAAAUGGAAGCAAGUCCCCUGCACACAGCUACUCCAGCUACGACUCCAGCAAACACGAGGGCGGAGAGCGAGGGGCCGAGGACCUGUCCCUGCACAGGGGGGACGAGGAUGAUGAGGACCACGAGGACCACGACGACGCCGAGAAGGUGGCCGAGACGGACGGCGUGGAGGCCGAGCGGCUGAAGGCUUUCAACAUGUUUGUCAGGCUGUUUGUAGAUGAAAACUUGGACCGAAUGGUCCCAAUCUCUAAGCAGCCCAAAGAAAAGAUCCAGGCUAUCAUUGACUCAUGCAGGCGACAAUUCCCUGAGUACCAAGAGCGUGCCAGAAAGCGCAUCCGUACUUACCUCAAGUCCUGCAGGCGGAUGAAAAGAAGUGGUUUUGAGAUGUCGCGACCUAUCCCUUCCCACCUUACCUCAGCAGUUGCAGAGAGCAUCCUGGCCUCGGCCUGUGAGAGCGAGAGCAGAAAUGCUGCCAAGAGGAUGCGCCUGGAGAAGCAGCAGGACAAGUCCGCGCCAGCCGACAAGCAGAGCAAACCGGAGGCGGCCCCGACCACGCACGCAGCCUCGGCGGUGUCCGGCUCUCAGGAGGUGCUGUACAUCAACGGCAACGGGACCUACAGUUACCAUAGUUACCGAGGCCUCGGCGGGGGGCUGCUGAGCCUGAGUGACGCCUCCAGUAGUGGGCCCACGGAUCUCAGCAUGAAGAGGCAGCUGGCGCCCAGCUCCGGGUCCUCCAGCAGCUCCAGCUCCAGGCCCCAGCUGAGUCCCACCGAGAUCAACGCGGUGAGGCAGCUGGUGGCCGGGUACCGAGAAUCAGCUGCAUUUUUACUGCGUUCAGCGGAUGAACUGGAAAAUCUUAUUUUACAGCAGAACUGACUCGGAAGGCGAUCCUCGUCACCGAGGUCUCCGUUUGCACUAAUGACAUUCUGACUUCCCAGCAGAGAGGGCCCUCCUGCACAGUCUUAAGGGAAACACUUCCAUUCUGCCACGUUGUCCUGGGUCUACAGUGUGAUGUGUUCAGGUGCUUCAAAGGAACUCUGGCCUCUGAAGCACUUGAGAUGCUGUGUGUCCGGCCUGCUGCUUUUUGUUUUCGUGUCAGCAUAACUGUCUGGGCCCAAAAAAAAAAGGCUGUAGAUUCCUACUUCAAGGAUAAAAUGGAAGAAGCUUGUGGUAUAAAGAAUAGCUCCAGAUCCAACUGAAAUAUUAGAGGAAUUUGCUACUGACUUAUUGGACUGAAAGCUGCAGGAUCUGGCA